AUGGCCAGUGCAGAAUCCUCACUGCUCACAACCCUAGGGCCCAACUCAGAUCCUGGCAACAGUGAGGUGGAGCUGGACUGCUGGUUUGAUGAAGAGUUCAAGUUCAUCCUGCUGCCUGUGAGCUACGCAGUUGUCUUUGUGCUGGGUCUAGUCCUCAAUGCUCCAACCCUCUGGCUCUUCCUCUUUCACCUCCGACCCUGGGAUGCAACGACCACCUACAUGUUCCACUUGGCUUUGUCAGACACGUUGUAUGUGCUGUCACUGCCCACCCUCAUCUACUAUUAUGCAGCCCGAAACCACUGGCCCUUUGGCACUGAGCUCUGCAAGUUCAUCCGCUUCCUCUUCUACUGGAACCUCUACUGCAGUGUCCUUUUCCUCACCUGCAUCAGUGUGCACCGCUACCUUGGAAUCUGCCACCCCCUGCGAGCAAUACGUUGGGGCCGCCCAAGACUCGCAGGCCUUCUCUGCCUGGCAGUUUGGUUGGUUGUAGCCAGCUGCCUUGUGCCCAACCUGUUCUUUGUCACAACCAGCUCCAGGGGGGAUACCAUCCUGUGCCAUGACACCACUCGGCCUGAGGAGUUUGACCACUAUGUUCACUUCAGCUCAAUAAUCAUGGGGCUGCUCUUUGGCAUACCCUGCGUGGUCACUCUUGUCUGCUAUGGGCUCAUGGCCCGGCGCCUGUAUCGGCCUUUGCCAGGGUCUGCCCAGUCGUCUUCUCGUCUGCGUUCUCUCCGCACCAUUGCAGUGGUUCUGACUGUCUUUGCUGUAUGCUUCGUGCCUUUCCACAUCACCCGCACCAUUUAUUACAUGGCAAGGCUGUUGGAAGCUGAUUGCCAGGUGCUGAACAUUGUCAACGUGGUCUACAAAGUGACCCGGCCUCUGGCCAGUGCCAAUAGCUGCCUGGAUCCUGUGCUCUACUUGCUCACUGGGGACAAGUAUCGUAGGCAGUUCUGGAAGCUCUGCAGUGGUGGCACCCCCCAGCCUCCCAGGGCUGCCUCCUCCCUGGCACUGGUGUCCCUACCUGAGGGUAGCAGCUACAGGAGGACAAACCCCCAGGACAGUGGCUGCCCUACCCCUAGGGCAGAUAAAUUGUAG